AUGACCGGCUGGACGUACAACGCUCCCGACGAUGUACCGACUGAUGGACCACGAAUAGCGGCAGUGUGCCUGACUUUCACCAGCCUUGCGCUCUUGUUGGUCUGUUUGCGUUGGUAUGUUCGGACAACGCUGGUCAAGGCGGUUGGUUAUGAUGACUGGGCAAUCAUUGUUGCUUGGCUCGGAGCUUGCGGCUACACAGUUUGCAGUGUAAUUCAGACGAAAUGGGGCUUGGGAAUCACCAAACUUGAGAACAUGCCUGCACAGAAUGUGCUUCCUUUCGGCAAACUUCAGUUCAUUGGCGGCCCAUUCUACGUCCUUGGCAUCUGGGGCUUCAAGAUGAGCCUACUGUUCUCCUACUUGCGAUUUUUCCCUGCUGGCGGCUACAAGAUUGGCACCGUCAUAGUCGCGGUGGCGUGUUCGAUGGGACACAUUGCCUUCAUCUGCGUCUUUUUGUUUCUGUGCACGCCGAUCGAGAAGCAGUACGAUCCGUCAAUCCCAGCAGACGUGGGCUACUGCGUGGACUCGAUUACAUUCUACCUAACAUUCUCGUCAUUGACUAUUGUCUUUGACGUAAUCAUAAUGUUCCUCCCAUUCCCCGUCAUCCUCAGAUCACAAAUCCAAAAACGCAAAAAGAUUGUCCUUCUCACCCUCUUCAUCCUCGGCAUCUUUGUCACAAUCAUCCAAGCGAUCCGAAUCCAGACGAUCAAAAACCUCGUAAACUACCUAGACUCGGCCAAGUCGAUCCAGUGGUCCGUCAUCGAGACCUGCUUCGGCAUCAUCAUAUCGUGCAUCCCGACGCUGGCACCCAUGGUCAAGUACUUUGCCGAGAGGAGCCGGAACGCCGGCAGUACCGGCGGCGGCGCCGGCGGCACCUCGCGGCCAAAGAGCUCACGAUACGUGCUGCAGACCUGGGGCACGAAGCGCAGCGGGAUGCAGCCUCUGGGGACCGGGAUCGAUCGGGACGCCGCGUCCGUCAGCGGGGGCAGCUUGACGAUGAAGCCGGAGGAUAGUACCGAGAAUAUACUCGAUCCGAGCAGUAUCACCAAGAGGCCGGCGCUCCAUGCUGCGACGCCGAGCGAGCCGGAGUCGUGGUCAGAUAAGACGGAUAAGGAAAGGAAUCAGGAUGUUUGA